AUGAACGCUUCCAGCUCAAAGCGAGGUCUAAAGACAAGCUUCCGAGCUUCCCCUCGGUCACUCAAACCGAUCUAUACAGGCGGACCGGCGAUUCUCACACAGGAUGGCCAGUGGCUCAUUUCGACACUGGGCGAGGAGGUCCAAGUGACCGAGGUGGAGACUGGUCUGCCUGUUGCUCGUAUUCGAGGUGACACCACUGCCAUCACCUCCCUCGCAAUCUCUUACCAUACCUCCCCACCAACCCUAAUCACGGCGCACCAGUCCCAGACACUCCGCUUCUACCCACUCCCCGCUUCCAUUCCGGAUCAUCCCCUGUCCCUCAGCUACACCCGCCAGCUUCCAAAAGCGCACUCAGCUAGCAUCCUUGUCAGCUGCGUCUCGCCCGACAACACCCUGCUCGCUACCGGUUCGUCGGACGGGAUCGUCAAAGUCUGGGAUCUCGCGGGAGGCUAUGUCACGCAUCUCUUCCGAGGGCAUGGCGGACCCGUAUCAGCUCUGCGGUUCAACUUCCCCCAAGGCGAAGAAAGGCGGAUGGAGCUGUUGACGGGAUCGACGGAUGGGCGGGUCAGGGUGUUUGACCUCAAAGAUGCGUCGACUAGGGCCGGAGGAGGCGGAGCCAAGGCGAGGGCAGUGCUGGAGGGACAUGUGAGCGUGGUACGAGGGAUCGACGUGACGAGUGAUGGUCGAUGGGCCGUCACGGGCGGAAGGGACAAGGUUGUCCUUGUUUGGGAUUUGCACGGAAAGGAGAGCAAGAAGGGAAAGGAGAAGGAGUCGCCCAAGCUCGUCCAGACCAUCAUUGCGGGAGAGCAGGUCGAGUCCGUCGGCUUGCUGCCUAUGGACGGUGUGUUGGGUCUGCCAGCGGGACGGCUGAGGUGCUGGACCGGAGGAGAGAAGGGCGCGGUGAAGCUGUGGGAUGUGUACAAGGGGGAAGAAGUGGGUCAAAUGGGAAUCGUGGAGGGCGUAGACGAGGCAGAGGUGGACGAGGACGAGCAGAGAGGGAUCAUCAACGUAUUACACGACGCAUCCUCCUCCAGCCUGAUCUCUAUCCACGCCGACCAGAACAUCAUCUUCCACUUGCUCGAAACUGGUCUGCCCACCCGCCAGGUCAUCGGCUUCAACGACGAAAUCAUCGACGCCACCUUCCUUACCCACCCUUCAUCCGACGAGAGCCCUCACUCCCACCUCGCCCUCGCUACCAAUUCCAACCUCAUCCGCCUCUACUCCCUAUCUACCUUUUCCGCGACCCUCCUCUCCGGCCACAAAGACAUGGUGCUCUGCCUCGACAAGUCGCCAGACUACAGCCUCCUCGCGAGUGGGUCCAAAGACAAUACCGCUCGUGUCUGGGCGCCAUCGACAGAAGGCAAAUGGCAGUGCAUGGCGAUCUGCGAAGGGCACGCCGAGUCUAUCGGAGCUGUCGCCUUGUCGCGCAAAUCCUCUUCUCCAAAAUUCCUCGUCACUGCGAGUCAGGACCGGACGUUGAAGCUCUGGGACCUCACCUCUGCUACACCCGGAACGACGUCCAAGCCAAAGUCUCUAGGCACGAUUCGGGCACACGAAAAGGACAUCAACUCGCUCGACAUCUCGCCGAACGACCGCUUUUUGGCGUCGGGCUCGCAGGAUAAGCUCGUCAAGAUCUACGCUAUAGAUUUUGACGAAAACAAAGCCGGAGCGACCGGCGCGCUCAAGCCGCUCGGGACGUGCAAGGGGCACAGGCGAGGUGUGUGGACCGUCAGAUUCAGUAAGACGGACAGGGUGGUGGCGAGUGGAGCGGCGGAUCGGACCGUCAAGCUUUGGAGUCUGGACGAUUAUACUUGUCUCAAGACGUUUGAGGGGCAUACCAACGCUGUACUGCGGGUCGACUUCCUCUCGGCCGGCAUGCAACUCGUCACUUCGGCAUCGGACGGACUGGUCAAGCUCUGGAAUAUACGGGACGAGUCCUGCGUCAAGACCCUGGACAACCACGAGGACAAGAUCUGGUCUCUCGCUAUCGCGUCUGACGAGUCCACCAUCGUCUCUGCCGGAGCCGACUCCAUUGCGACUUUCUGGGAAGACUCGUCCGAGGUGGAACAGCAGGAAAAGAAUGAUGCUUUGAUUGCGAGCGUUCAAAGUGAACAAGACUUUACGAAUUACCUCGCUCUGAAAAACUACCGCCAAGCGAUCCUCCUCGCUCUUUCCAUGUCCCAACCCAAACGUCUCCUCACACUCUUCACCGCCCUCCUCGCUGCCCCCUCCGACGCCUCCUCGCCCUCCUACUCUGGCUCUCCCGAAGUAGACCAGGUCCUCGCCACCCUCCCACCGCUAGACCUUGUCCGUCUCCUCAAGAUGAUCCGGGACUGGAACGCCAAUGCGCGUACAUCCCCCGUAGCCCAGGCUAUCCUCUCUGCGAUUCUCAGACUGCGCACCGCCGACGACCUCGUGGCGGCCUUUGAGAAGGCGACGGCUGUACCGGAUCUUUUGGACGAUUCGGUGGUCACCGAUGAAGUGGAGGAGGCGGCCGAGGCGGGCAAGCAGCAGCAGCAGGGCGGGAGGCAGAGGAAGAAGGGAGAGACGACCGUCAGCUUGCCAGAGCUGAUGGAUGGGUUGAUCCCGUAUUCCGAGCGACACUUUGUCCGGCUGGAGAAGCUGGUACAGGAGAGCUAUAUGCUGGAUUAUAUAGUGGGAGAGAUGGACGGUGGAGUGUUAGGGACGGAGAUCCUGGAUCUUAGCUAG